AUGAAAGUGGAUGUCAACGACUUGCUAGAACGGGGGAGUUUCUACCGAAAGGCUUACGCGGGCAUUUUCCACAUGUUACCAUUAGGGCUGAGAGUACAGGAUAAGCUGGAGCGCCUUAUUGACCGGCAUAUGCAGUCAUUAGGCGCGUCGAAAGUCUCGCUAUCUUCGAUCUCGUCAGAAGAGCUCUGGGAGAAGUCUGGGCGAUUGCAGGACAACUCAGAAUACUUCUCUUUUCGAGACAGAAAAGAGGCUCGAUUCCUCCUUGCGCCAACGCACGAAGAGGAAAUCACUGCCCUGGUGGCAAGCAGCGCUCAGUCAUACAAAGUCUUGCCAGUUCGGCUGUAUCAGAUUUCGAGGAAAUACAGAGAUGAACCACGACCGCGACAAGGCCUCCUUCGUGGCCGGGAAUUCAUCAUGAAGGAUCUCUACACCUUCGAUCACAAUGUGGAAAGUGCACUGCGAACGUACGAAGCGGUGAAAAACGCAUACACAAGGCUCUUCAACGAAUUGAAAAUCCCGUACUUGAUGGCUGCAGCAGACUCGGGCAACAUGGGUGGAAGCAUGAGUCAUGAAUUCCACUACAAGAGCCUGAAAGGCGAAGACACGAUCGUCAGCUGCGACAACUGUGACGCUGUGUACAACGAUGAGCUCGCGGACGGAUUAGCGCCCAGUACCUCUCACGAUGAGCAGGCUGAUUCCGCCCCUGGGUUUGACCUGGAAGGAAAACCCGCCCCGGCGGGCGCAAGAGUCUCCACUGGUCUCUGGACGACUAUCUCGAAGGACAAGAGGACCCUAGUCCGUGUUUGGUACCCAAAAUUUACGGUACAUGAGCGCAGCAACCAGCCGAUUGCUAGGGAGGUCAAUACGCAUGCAAUCAAAGCAAUCGGCAGGGCCGCAGGCUAUGAUCUCGACACUGGCGUAGAGAACCCCCUUGAGCAAUGGACUACCCACGUGCAGUCUUCCAAGGCGGCCGAGGACGGUUCCACGGAGCGUCCACAAGUGCUAGAUGUGUACGACUCACACGUGCACGCCUACACCAGGCCGCCACUCAAGAUCCUCGAAGAGGCAGGUUGCGCCAUCGAAGAUGUCGAGUGUCUCCGGCUAGACACGUUCCCAGAAACCAGCCGCAAGCUGAGCGUCACCAGAGUCCACACCGCCGAUCAAUGCCCCAAGUGCACGCAGGGCGUGCUGACGGCACAAACCACCGUCGAGCUGGGUCACACAUUCCACCUUGGCACGCGGUACAGCGAGGUCCUGGGGGCCCGUAUCGUUAAUAGCGAAAACGAGAGAGUGCCCAUGCAGAUGGGCUGCCAUGGAAUCGGCGUGUCGCGAAUGAUCACCGCGGUCGCUGACUCUCUCGCGGACGAGAAAGGCCUCAACUGGCCUAAAGUCAUAGCGCCCUGGGAAGUUGUCGUUGUCCCCGCGCCGAGCUGUCAGGAAGAUGCCGUUGUUGUCUAUGAUUUGCUCGCCUCCGACAAAGCCUCGCCUAUUGACGUGCUCCUCGAUGACCGCGACAAGACAUUGGGCUGGAAGUUGGGAGACGCAGACCUCAUCGGGUACCCGGUGAUCAUCAUCGUCGGCAGUGGUUGGAAGAAGAACCGCACACUAGAGGUCCAAUGCCGGCGCCUGGGGAUCGACGAGGAUGUGCCGGUUGGAAGUGUGCUGUCGUUUGUACAGUCGUUGUUGACAGCGCUGUAG